AUGCAGAACGUUAUCAGGUCACUUCGACCUGAUAAGAACUUUGAGGGUGCCAAAGACAGCCGAUCUGGUACUACAUGGAUAACGGUCAUGUACCACGAGACGGAAGGACAUCCUGACGUGGUGAGGUAUCUAUGGCUCAAGAAGUACACGUCCUCUAGGGUGUGGAAGGAGGUAACUACCGGACUAACUCCUCCUUCACGUUGUUAUCAAGACUAUGAACGACAACUCAAGAAGAUCCUCAAGCAGCUCCGCAAGACGUUUGACACUGACGAGCAUCUUCACAAGACUGAACGUCAGUUCAACAACUGCGUUCAGGGCACUGACUCUGUCUACGUCUUCAUCGAACGUCUAGAAGACCUUAGUUCUGAACUCUACCAUCUCGGUUCCCCGGUCUUGGAGUAUAAGAUGAAGUGGAAGCUCUACAAUGGUCUCAAAGGCUCUGAACUACGACUUCGUGUCAACGAUUACCUCGACGACAGGGAAGUCGACUAUAUGGAGUUCAAAGAAGUCGUAUUACGUCAGCAUAGACGUAUGGCCAACAUCAACGAGACUACUGAGAGCUCCCGGUCUUUCGACAAGAAGGCCAGAGACGACUCUAGAGGUAGCUAUGGUAGACGAAGUGAAGACAGUGGUUAUCGUAAUCGCCGACCUUGGCAACGACAAACCUCUUACUCUAGACGUGAGUCUGUCAACUCGGUCGAGGCUGGUUACUCCACAGAUGACAACGAGACCCGUGAGCAUCACGUCAAUAUGGGACGUGAUCUUUCUGAAAUCUACACCAACUCUGCCCAUCACAUUAUAGUGGCUGACGGUGGUGCUUUGAACGUCGACGGUAUCGUCAUGCUCAAGGUCUCCACCAACCGUAUUACGAUCUACGACGAGUUCAUCGUGGUGUCUGAUGACUUAUAUGUCCCGGUACUACUUGGUUGUCCUACCAUGGGUAAGUUACGCACCACCAUCCGCGUCAGCCCACACGGUAUGCAUGUUACUACUAACGACGAGCACGACUUCAGCCCUUACUCGGCUCCUAAAGAAGUACGGUUCAAUGACAACUACUCUACAGCUAACCAGCUGGAGAAAGACCAACAGGAGAUCACGGCUAUGUACGUGAUCAACCAUAUACGUCAACUAUUCCUACUUCAAGACUCUGGUACCGAGCCAUCUGAAGCGGAUCUACACAAGGCCCUUUUCCCUACGACGAGGACUUACCCAGACGACUUGUUUGUGGGCCAGGCCGACUGUAGCCAAUCGGGAAAAGAUCCUACGACGAACGACUACUAUGUUCACUAUACUUCUACUGCAUCGACGAGAACAUCCCCCAACGUGGAUUUGGCUACCCCCCACCAUGACGAGAACCACGACAACGACGAUGUGGUAGACAACAACUCCGACGACAAUCUACCUCCUUGGGAUGUCCUCUUACGUCAUUGGAUGUGGGAUGCCAAGGCACCCCUAGGUAGAGUAUGUGUACGGUUACCCUGGUUGGGAGAAGAACGUCCACCUAACAACUUCAAUAACGCUGCACAUCGUGGUACUGCUUCUACGAGACGACUCUCUCCAGAACAACGUGAUGCUUUUGAGGCAGCACUACAAGUAUAUACUACUCGAGGAUUCUGCACAAUCGUCAAGAACAACUAUGUCGACGGUACUCUCGAGCCCCCAACCUUUGACGAAUGUCAGACGGCAUGGGAUGUUAUGACACGUGAUACGGCUUUGGAGGGCACUGUCGUUAUUAAGCCCUACCAUUAUACGCCAUCACACAUGGUCUUUAGAGACAGUCAUCCUACGACGCCUUGUCGUAUCGUUCUAGACUUCCGUACGUUGAACAAGUUCACUAAACGUGGCGGUAAGACCCAGAACGACCUACAAGGAGUACUACUACAGCUGAGGAGCUUUCCCUACUUCAUCUCUGCCGACGUCUCCAAGGCAUUCUGCCAGAUGAAGGCUUCAUUAUACGACGUUGGCUAUUCCAGUUAUACGUGUAUUGGGAACUAUACUGUCCUAUGGUCGAGUAUCGCCUUUGGCAGUAAUAAUGCCCCCUGUAUGCUAGAGGCAAGUAGCCACGACGUGGUACUGGAAAUGGAACGACUUCUAACGUCCUCUCUGUCUGUACAACGUGAGGUACACAAGGCCGAAGUUACCGGUUCACCACCACGACUACUCUCUAACGUGCAGAUCGAGCAGGCACUAUUAAUGCCCUCUGCGACUGGCGUAGAGUAUAUAUUACGAGGUCCUUCUAUACCUACUAGAAUGUUACUACUCAAAUACGUUGAUGACCUCUAUUACGGUGGGAGAACUAGAGAGGAAGCACGACUUGGUUACGAGUUCGGCUCUCACGUCUUCACUGGACAUGGCUUCGGUAAUGACCCCGUUAAGUCCUUCUGCAACUGGUUGACUGCGGACGGUAACGACGGUGCCAAGAAGUCCGUCCUUGGAUACCUGCUCAAGUUAGACGUCGACAAAUUCCACGCGGUUUACUCCGGCUACGUGCCAGAUGGUGAAGUCACUAAGUUACAGGCUUGUGCAGCCUUGGCUUUUCUCUACGACCCUCUUGGCCUCUACGUUGAGCUAGACAUACAAGGACGACUACUUUGGCGAGAAGUCUGUCAGGCUCAUAAAAACUGGGACGACAAGCUCAACGAUGAUUUGGUCCAUCGGAUCAAAGUAUGGGCAAGGUCGUGUACGGAAAUAACUACGUUAAUAGGCUUCGAGAGGUUCAUUGACUUGGAGAAUUACCCCUUAUUGGUCUCAUCAGAUGCAUCUGGUGAAUGUUGGGGUGUGGACGUGAGGUGUACCACUGGUGAAGAUACUACUACUAGGGUCAUGGCUCGUGGAGGAGUCUUCCCAAGCUCACAGACUAAGUGGACUAUUCCACGUAAGGAGCUGGUCGCUGUACACCACGCCCUCACUUGGAUACGUUCUACAUCAACCUACUUACCCAUCAAGACUUGUCUACGUCCUCACCAGUCACCUCUAGAACCCUUGGUACCUAAUCUACCAGCUCGACAAGUCGUUCUCCUAUGUGACAGUGAGAUCACGGUGUAUCGGUUACGACGCCCCAGUAGGGACAAGAAGCUACCUGUCGUUGAACGACGAAGACUGAAGCAGAUUAGGGAGAUGUGCCGGCAGUUAGACGUUAUCGUCAAGCACAUACCCUCUGAGUUGAACUAUGCCGACUCGAUAUCACGAACUAAGAUCAACGACAAGGUUAUUGACGGUACCCACGUCUGCAAGGCGAUGUCUGUCAGCGAAGUGGUUUUUGACUAUAGGGAGAUUACGAAUGACGAGAUGGCUGAGAAUAUAGUCGAGACCAACGAUGAAGAACCCUGCUCACAAUACACCACUUCUCCCGUGGCUAACGCCACGGAACCAACAACUGCAACCGCCAACGGCAGGGACGCCCAAUGUAUUCCUACUUCUCCCGUGGCUAACGCCACGAAUACGUCAACAACAACCACUGGUGCUAAACUAGUAGAGGAGGUUACUACUUCUCCCGUGGCUAACGCCACAACCAACUCUUCAACGGUCGGUGCUCUGGUGAUGACUCUCAACUGUGACGGUAUUGACCUACCCAACUACGGCUCCUUUACCACUGAACAACAAGAAGAACUACGUGAACUCGCACGUUAUGCCAAGCCCGUGGAAGAGAUCGACCCAGAGCUACUACAGGAUGGUAACUACGAAGACCGUGUCAGUGCUUGCGUAAUACGUGCGCAAGAGUUGGACGACGACUUGAAGGACUUCAAGAAUCUUCUCCUUGAGAAGGUCACCUACAAGGAACUCGGUAUGAAGGACGUCAUCCCAGCCCGGAGCGACUCCGCCAUGCCGAAGAAGAUGACGACGGUGUGA